AUGGACGCCCAGAAGCAGAUAUGCAACAUCUCGAGCCGGGAUAUCGCAUCCCAAGGCGGCAAUGCAUCCAGUGGCAGCUUCGAAGCUGGUGACCCCCGAGCCAGAGAGGCCGGUCAGAGGGGUUGCCAGGCCUCUAGUAGAAGCUUUGCUCCUGGAGAUCCGCGCGCUAGAGAGGCUGGACAUAAAGGUGGCUUGUCUGGGCCCGAGGACUAA